AUGGAAAACGUUCGCGUUGAGCGGCCGAGAGCGGCCAAGCUAGCAGCAAAGAGGGACCCAUCGGAAAAACCAAUGCAUCCGGCAGUAUGCGAGCGUCGGAAGUCGGUGUCAUCCACCCGGCAUCGGUCUCCCAUCCGCACGCGGUCCUUUUCAGGGCACCUACCAGGCCCACCCAGGCGUUUAUCGAUUGAUAUCGCCGAGAACGAUGAGGAAGAGUCUGUCGCAGAUACGUACCAACCUCCACGACCACCUGCAAAGUCACGGAGGCUGUUGGAUGAUAAGGAGGUGUGCUUGACACCAGCGGCGAAUAUCGCCUUGGAAGAAGAAACUUUCUUUGCCGUCGCUGCUGAUGUCUCGCCCAUAUAUCCCCAUAUUCACGACCGCCAUAGGGAGGAGACGCAGAAGACUCCCGAGUCUCGAUCCUAUCAGACGCAGCAGCUGACGCCCACGAGUAAUCUCAGAAAGCGCCAAUCCGCAAAUCCGCACCUCAAACCAGCCGUAGCGCCUCCACUGGUGAGCGUCACCGUCAUCCCGCCGCCUAUCCACCCGCCAGCCCUCUCGAUCUCGUCAGAGCCUACCCUCCCUCUCCCAGGUCCCGCCACCUUCCCUCUCGACAAGCUCAUAUCGAGAGUAUGCGACUACCAAGAACCUCCGGAAGGGAUCUUCACACCCGAGCGCUCAUCGCGGGACGCAUUACGCGCGUGGGCGUCCACGGUCCCACCCAACAUCGACCUGGGCACCCUCCUGUGGAAGUAUGAGAACGAGCUGCUGGGCCAGACCCAGAGGCGCGCCACAAGGGCGAUGAUUGGAACCGUGCGGGAUGUGCGGAUCGUGUCCGUGACGGGCGGCGUGGCGGGCUUGACACUCGCCGCACGCACGGAGUUGAAGGCGAAAGCAAACCUGGCCUACCUCAUAACGCAGGGGUAUAUCACCAAUCCCAAUCUUCCUUCGGACACGGAGCAAGACGAAAACGAUGCUAAUGACGAUACACCAGUACAAAAACACGUCCACGUCAGCGCAACAACUGGCCCCGGCCCAUCCUCCCGCCCCGCCCCACAGUUCAGGGACCCCUCCCACUCUGACUCCACCACCUUCUCACCCCCACACCUGCGCCAUUACACAGCGACACCCCGCAUGCAACACAUCUCGCAUAACCGUACCCUCUCCCCGUCCGCGAGAGGUACGCCGUGUAUGCCCCACGCGCGGAUGUGGCCGUCCAGUAGUUCGUGCAGGGCUUCCUCGUUCUCGGGUCCUAGUACGGCCCCCGUAGAAGAUGACUACAUCGCCGUGCCAGCAGACACCACAGACCCCGCCAUGCACGAUACCACCGCCACCAACCCCGUACUGCCACACCAACAGUAUCGUCAUCACCAGCAUAUGUACCCCCAAUACGAUCUCCCAUCGCAUGGGCAGCAGCAGCAGCAGCAAGAAGCACCUGUUCAUUUCGAGCAUCAUCAGCAUCAUCAUCAGCAGCAUUUCCACCAGCAGCAGCAGCAACAGCAGCACCAUCGACGCCACGUAUAUCACCAACAUCACCCACAACACCCGCACCACACUCAACACCAUCAACAACAAUACAUCUACCCCCUCCCAUCCCACGACGACGCCUUCGUCAACGCGUACCCAUCCCCGUCCGAAUACCUCGCCGCGUCCCACCACGCCACCCAUCAAGGGCAUUCAGAGAUCGACACAGACGCGGUGGGAGACGAUGAUGGGAGUUGGGUGAUACCCGCAAACUCGCCGAUGCAGACGGCAACGGACGUCGGAGCGUUGCCUCCCCCGCCGCCGCCGACGGUCCCGACGCAGGGCGUGAAUGUGUGGGCUUAG